AUGCCUGAUGAAAGUGAAGUCCCCAGUUAUGAGGAAGAUCUUAAACAGCAUCUACAAGAUCUUCAAGAUCUAGAUCAAGAUCAACCUCCUCCACCUCCACCAUCCCAACAAGAAUCAACCUCUUAUAUCGAUUCUAAAAGUGCUCCUCGCACUAGCUUUCUUGACUAUUCCCAAACUUCAACUGAUGAUCCAGUAUGGUCAAUCUUACCUUCUUAUGAAAUGUUUACUCAAACCAUUAAUAAAAACUUAAAUAUUGAAGAUCCUUCUCAUUUAAUAGAUUCAAAUAUUUAUUCUCCAAAUGGUAGACUUAAUUUACCUGCCUAUAAUAAUAAUGAUAAUACUAUUGGAACUCCAUCUAUUCUACUGUCAGCUUCGAAUGAUUCAUCAUUAAUUUCUCAUCAUCAUUCAGCUUCAACUUCAAAUUCAACUGCUUCAAAUUCAAAUUCCACUCAAAUCAUUGUCGCUGAUGAAACUACUAAUCAUUGGCAAGAAACAAUCUUAGAUAAUAUUCAUAAAUUAAAGAAUUUAACCUUUUCUAAUAAUACAACUUCAAACAAUAUUGAUAUUUCAGUUCAUUUUACAAAAAAUGUUGGUGUUAUUGGGGUUAAACCGAUUGAAAUUGAUCCUUCAUUUUAUGAAUAUAAACAAGGUGAUUAUAUUAAUGGGUAUGUAUAUAUAAAAUCAAGUCAUCUAGAAACUAUUCCAUUUGAUAUGUUUUAUCUUUUAUUUGAAGGUACUUUUAUAAUUCAAGGUAAAAAUGGUUCACUUGAACAAAUUAAAAUUAAAAAUUUUUUAGAAAUGUUCGAUUUUUCAGGUAGUUGGAAUGAAGCUCAUAUUAAUCGUUUAGUAACUGAAAAUUAUAAUAUUUAUACUUGUCCAAACUUAUUUGAUACAAUUGAUAAUUCCUAUUUAUCAUUUGGCCCUGAUAAAUUAAUUCAACCAAAUAAAUUAUAUAAACGGUUUUUUACAUUUAAAAUCCCAACAAAUUUAUUAGAUUCUGAAUGUAAUGAUCAUAAUUUAUCAAGUCAUAUUGAAUUACCUCCUACCAUUGGUAUAUCUUACUAUGAAAAGAUAUUAUAUCCAACUACUGAUAGAACUACCCUUAAAGAUUUUGCUAUGUUAGAUACAUCUAUUAGAUAUGGAGUUUUGGCCAGAUUUAUUGGUAGAAAAUCACUUUAUAAUGUAACUGAAUCUGAUUUUCAAAAUUACUGUAAUAAUAAAAAUAAUAAUAUUGCAAAAUUAUUAAAUUCCAGUGGUGAUGAAUUUAUAAUUUUAAAGGAAUCCUCCAAUUUUAUGAGAAUUUUACAACAAACAAAAUCAUUAACUAAAAAUCAAUUAGCAAUGAGAUAUAUUGAAAAUAAAUUAUGGUAUAAUAACUUAUUAUCAAGAAUUAAUGAUAAAAUUGAAUUAGGUAAUCAAUUAUUAUUAUCUAUUGAAUCAAAUAAAUUUGAUUCAUCAAUUGAUAUUUCGAAACAAUUAUCGAAAACUGAAUUAGAUUUCUUAAAGGCAAAACAAGAAUAUAUUCAAGGAGUUCAUAGAGAUAUUAAACAAACUUAUGAAAAUAAUAAUGAUAAAAAAGUUGAAUUAUAUGAAAUUUAUCAACCUGUUUAUAAAAAAUCAUCCCUUACAAAUAGUUUAUCAACAAAAUUAAUUGGUACUGUUAAAUUAUCAACUCCAAAGGAACAAAUUAAUAUUGAUUAUAUUCCUCCUCCCAAAUUUAGAAAAUUAUCUCCUCUUAGAUUCGAACAUUUAGAAAGUUGGAAAGAUGUUAUCAUUCCUAUUGAUUUAUCAUUAAUUUUACCUUCUUCAAUAGAAUACUCUUCAUCCAUUAGUUCAAUGAUUAAAAAAUUACCAGAAGUUAGAAGUUUCCAAGCUGAAUUGAUUGUCCUUAGUAUUAAAUCAGAUGAACAUGCUAUUCCUAUUGAAUUCCAUCAUGAUUUAAUCUUUAAUAAACCAGGAAGUCAAAAGAAUGCUAGAGCUCAAUUCAUUGAUAAUGAUACGUUUACCAAUAAUGUUGUUACUCCUAUGAGAGUUGAAUCUACUAAAUUAUAUCAUUUAUUGAAAACUUUAGGAUCAGAUAAUUUUAAAGUUGAAAAACAAUUGAUUGAUGAUAUUAAAUCAAUUUGUCAAUUACAAGAGAAAAAUAUUAAUUUAGAGGUCAUUGAUACCAAGAUUAUUAAUGCUGAUGAUAAACUAGUUACAUCAUGUGCUUCUAUUCCAUGGAAGCAACAAUUGAAUCAAAAUCAAAUUGAAUUUAAAAAAUCAUUCAAAUUGAAUUUAAACUUAGAAUCAGCAUCUUUAAAAGCAGUAGAUGCUAAGAAAUAUAAUCCAGCAACUUAUAAAUCUUAUGAUGAAUUUAAUUUAGUUCCAAAUUUCCAAUCAUGUAAUUUUGCUAGAACUUAUUAUAUCAAAGUCACUUUGGUACUUUCUAAUAACGAUCAUAUUAGAGUUAAGAUCCCAGUUAGUAUUCAAAAGAAGUAA